CCGGGCACGUACAGGCCGCGGCGGCUCUCUGAUCCCGAGGCAGCGAAUAAAUGGGGGUUUGGCGGUCCACAAUGCUUCGCUCGUCGGCGGGCUUGGACGACGCGGUGCCGUCCGUCGGAUUCCGUUUUCGUCAGCCUUUUGGUCUUGUACCGUGCGGCUGACUGCUGGAAGGGACAUCCGGCUUCCCGUCUCCGCCGCCUCCCGCUCGUCUCCGCGGCCGCCCGGGCCCCCGACGACAGCCAGGUGAUCCAUCCCUCUGCCGUCUGUGCUUUCGGACACGAUCUCAUAAUGGAGUUCCCUGAUUUGGGGAAGCAUUGUUCAGAAAAAACUUGUAAGCAGCUAGAUUUUCUUCCGUUUAAAUGUGAUGCAUGUAAACAAGAUUUCUGUAAAGAUCAUUUUACUUGUGCUGCACACAAAUGUCCCUUUGCAUUCAAGAAGGAUGUUCAGGUCCCAGUAUGCCCACUUUGUAACAACCCAGUCCCAGUAAAAAAGGGAGAGAUACCAGAUGUGGUGGUUGGUGAGCACAUUGAUCGAGACUGUAACUACCUUCCUGGGAAGAAAGAGAAGAUUUUUAUGUACCGGUGCUCAAAAGAGGGGUGCAAGAAGAAAGAGAUGCUGCAGGUGGCUUGUGACCAGUGUCAUGGCAGUUUCUGCAUUCAGCAUAGACACCCUCUGGAUCACAGCUGCAAGCACGGGAGCUGCCCCAUCAGCGUAGCUGGGUAUGCAGCUGCCAGAGCCUCUGAAUCCGAGCCGUCAGGAGCUUUACACAGGCUGUCUACCAUUUGGCGGGCUCAGCGACUCAGUAUUGGUGUAAACAGCGUGCACAAGUAUGGUUGCUUUGUACCAGCAGGAGCAGUUCUUGUCCGAGUGGCGAGCACUGAGGAGUCAGUGCAGUGCAUGCAAUUAAUAACCAACUGAUUAACUGCGUGCUCCAUUGGCUUAGUCUUAAGGAGGGGUAAGGGUCUGGUUGUGUGUGCUCUCAAACCCUGAAUUACCAACACAGUUCAUUCUAGCACGGAGCAUAGUUAGCAGUAACAUUUUAUAGCUGGUUGCUCCCUCUGGUUGCAGACGGAGAAGCAGGCUCCAUGCAGGGAGCCUGAUGGGCGACCCAGUCCCGGUCCCCAGGAUCACACCCUGGGCAGAAGGUGGCAAUAAACCGCUGAGCCACCUGGGCUGCCCGGCCUAGAGCUUUUAGAUGAUCAGUUGCUCCUGGUUAAUCAAGACAGACCUAAAAAAAUAAGCUGUUCUUUUGCUCUCUUUCAGGUGGAAAGUAAAGAGAUGAUGGGACUAUCUGCACACACUGGCACAUUCACUUGUUUUGUAUAUUUAGCUUUGUAGGCAAAGUUGUGCUCUAGUGCCUUUGUACUACUCAUGGCAAAUGGUCGGGAAUGUCAUUAAAACUUUUCCAGUAAAAUGUACAAAUUUUGGCAAAAUAAAUAGAAGGAUAUGGAUAUUCUAAGUUAGGCUAAGCUGCUCCGUCAACCUCUGCUUCCUCCCUCCUGCCUCCCAAGUAAAGUGCCGUAAGGAUUGAAGGGGUGUGACAGAUAAGAGAGCAGCUCUGCCCUGGCCUGAGUCCCCAAAGAACCCAGUGUUCUGGAACCUUCUGUCACUUACCCACACAGCUGAUUGCACUCUGUCGUCAUCUUGUGGCUUCCGUGGUGACAACUACAUGAGCCCAGGAAAGGGGGGAGGCCAGUGUACCUUGCUAAGGGCCUUGUUUAGAGGUGGCCACUCUUACACUGAGAACAGCCCUUUGGCCAUAUAGACACCAGUCAUGGCCAUGGUCCAUGAGAGAGCCCCAUAUCCUUCAACCCGGGACUUUGGGAAACAGUGAAGCAAAAUGUCAUUUGAGUUGGGUCCUGAUCUUAACCCACUGGUCAUCUACCUAUACAUCCAGACCUCCUCUUGCUCCUGGAUUAAUAAAAUACAGGCAAUUACUCCUGGUUUCAGAGCCUCAAAGCAUGAUUUAGCGGGGGUGGGCUUUUUCCAUUCCACAAGGAAGUGAUGAAAACUAUUUCUGCGGGCUGUCUUAGUUGGUGUGUGUUCUGAACUAGUGGUUCUCAGACUUCCGCAUGCUCAGAAUUGCCUAGAGGGCUUGUUUGAGGGGCACCCGACCCCACCCCCAGAGUUUCUGGUUCUGUGGGCCUGGGUGGGCCUUGAGAAUUUCAGGAAGUUCCCAGCUGAUGCUGAUGCUGCCAGGCUGGGGACUCCACUUCGACAAAUCACUUCUGUGCAUCCCCACUGUCCAGUACAUGGUCACUUGGCCACAGAGGUUUUGGAGCAUGGGAAAUGCAGUCAGCCCAACUGUGGGAUUGAAUUUUUAGUUAUAUUUGACUUAAGGGCUAUUAACUUGAUUCACUUUUUAGAAAAUUUUUCAGUAUGUUAGGAACUUUGGUAUAUGAGUCUAUUUUUUCAACUAUAAAUUUUAAAUACAGGUCAGCCGUUUCUCAUGGAAAUUUUACCUGUUUUGAGAAUCUAAGACACUGAGCUUUGAAGAUAAUACCAAAAUACUAAAGUAUGUCAUUGUUAAAAUUUAUCCACAUGUUGAAGUGAUGUUUUGGAUACAACUGAUUAAAUAAAGCAAUAAAGUUUGAUCUUA